AUGAACUACGGGGACCGCUACACCUCCUCGUCCUACCGGAGAAUCUUCGGGGACUCCUCCCGGUUCCCCGUCUCUCCGUCCCGCACCGGAAGCGCGUCCUCUCGGUUCCCCCCGGGGCUCAGGUCCAUGGCGGCGUCCCGCAGCCACGCGUCCUCGCUCAGCUUGUACCGGAGGACGGGACGGUCCUCCUCUUUCUCUCCGGUGCCCACCGACUCAAUGGACCUGACCCAGACUUCUGUCGUCAACAACGAGCUCAAAGUCAUUCGAACCAACGAGAAGGAGCAGCUGCAGGGUCUGAACGAUCGCUUCGCCAUGUUCAUCGAUAAAGUGCGUCACCUCGAGCAGCAGAAUAAAGUGCUGGAGACGGAGCUGUUGACCCUGCGGCAGAAGCAAAAUGAGCCGUCCCGCGUCGCUCAAGUCUACCAGCAGGAGAUGAGGGACAUGCGGUCACAGCUGGACGACUUGAGCAGGGAAAGGAACCAUAUCCUGAUCGAGAGGAACAACAUAGAGGACGAGCUCCAGAAACUCAACGUGAAGUUUGAUGAGGAGGUGAUCGCACGGGAGGAAGCAGAGCAGACCUUGAAGUCUUUCAGGAAGGACGUGGACGACGCGGCAGUCAUUCGCCUGGACCUGGAACGCCGGGUGGAGUCGCUGACGGACGAAAUCACCUUCCUGAGGAAGGUGCACGACGAGGAGAUCCAGGAGCUGAGCAGCUUGAUGGAGUCACAGCAGGUCUCCGUGGAGCUGGAGGUCGCCAAACCGGACCUCACCUCAGCUCUGAAGGAGAUCCGCAACCAGUACGAGUCCAUCGCCUCCAGGAACCUGCACUCGGCCGAGGAGUGGUACAAAAGCAAGUUUGCCAGCCUCAACGAGCAGGCGACCAGGAGCAACGAGGCCAUGAGGGCUAGCAGGGAGGAGAUCAACGAGUUCAGGAGGCAGCUGCAGUCCAAGACCAUCGAGAUCGAGACCAUGAGGGGCACCAACGAGUCUCUGGAGAGGCAGAUCGCAGAGAUGGAGGAUGGACACAAUGCUGAAGUCACAUCCAUGCAGGACACGAUUGGCCAUCUGGACUCUGAUCUGAGGAACCUGAAGGGUGAGAUGGCCCAGCACCUGAGGGAGUACCAGGACCUGCUCAAUGUCAAGAUGGCCCUGGACAUAGAGAUCGCUGCCUACAGGAAACUGCUGGAGGGGGAGGAGACUCACUUUAACUCAGGGGUGUCUUUCGGUGCUGCCAGCUUCAACUAUCAGCCUCGAGCCUCCGCCAGCUCCUCCAGGAGCAGCCAGAGGGAGAAAGAAGGAGGCAUGAAGGAAAGCUUCAAAGAGAUCAGCGAGGACAAAGAUGAAGCAGACAUCAACUCCAACAACUGAGCACAAGCACAGACAGAUAUAUAGAAAGAUAGACAGGGAAUUCUGGAAAGUGGGAACACGUAUUCAUUUGAUGUAUAGUGAGUUGAUAGUUAACCCUAACCCUAAAAGAUCCAUUUAUACAAAUGUUGUGAAUUUAGAGGUGAAAAUCUGUAUUUUUGGUGAUAAUCAAUAUCCUUUAGUUGACAUCUUUCCUGAGUCAUAGGUCUCAGUGCUUGGAUCUUUGGACUCUUUGGAAAAUAAACUUUGUUCCACUCCACAUUAAACAAACAAAGCCAACCUGGAAAUAUUUUAAACAAUCUAACCCUAACCCUGCUCUAAAGGUCUCCAGAGAUUAACAAUUUUCAAAUAUUGUACAAUAGUAAAUGUGUGAGCAAGUAUUGAAUAUGGAUGAAUUUGCAUUUGCUGCUGUAUUAUAUUGCACUGACACCUGUGUUUAUCAAGGGAAGACACUUAAUGUUAGUGUGGUUCUCUUUUGUAGCAGUGCACUGUAAAGCCCCUGUGACACAGAGUUUGAAGAAAGGACACUAUCUGCUCUUUUUCUUUGUUUUGUUUCGUCACAAAGUGUAGAAGUUUCCCUGCUCUGAGCUUAAGCUACUGAGCUGUAUGCUGGAAAAAUCUAUGGUGACAGAGAAAAAUAGUUCAGUACAAUGAAUACGAUGCUUCAGUAGGAAAACUGGGAUGUUACUUACUG